AUGCCUAUUCAACAAUUUGUAUCUUCAAUUUCUGAGUCCAAGCUCACACAGGGUGUUCUUUAUGCUGCACUCUUUGUAGGUGUCUAUAAAUUGACUAUCUUCUCAUUGAGUACUAUCGCACUUAUCUCAGAUUUAUUUAUACUACCAUCUACAGAUUUAAAGAAGUAUGGUGCCAAAGGCGGCAAGACCUGGGCUGUAGUCACCGGUGCAUCAGAUGGAAUUGGUAAGGAGUAUGCUUUCCAAUUGGCCAGUAGGGGAUUCAAUAUUGUUUUAAUUUCAAGAACUCAGAGCAAGUUAGAAGCUAUCGGAGAAGAAUUGGCCAGCAAAUUCGGAGUGGAAACGAAGAUCAUUGCAUUCGAUGCUUCGGUCGAUGAAGAAGCCAACUACGAAACCAUUUCCAAGUCCAUCGCAGAAUUGCCAGUAACUGUUCUUAUCAACAAUGUAGGUCAAUCUCAUUCCAUCCCAGUUCCAUUCUUAGAAACUAAUGAUAAGGAAUUACGUGACAUUAUAACUAUUAACAACACUGCCACCUUAAAGAUCACUCAAGCUGUCACCCCCAGAAUUCUUGAAACAGUGAAGGAAAGCAAGAAGAAGUACAGAGGCUUAAUUUUGACCAUGGGAUCCUUUGGAGGUUUAUUACCAACCCCAUACUUGGCUACGUACUCUGGAUCUAAGGCAUUCCUUCAAGCUUGGUCCGCUGCAUUGGCUGGUGAGUUGAAGCCAGAGGGAAUCGACGUUGAAUUGAUUGUUUCCUACUUGGUUACCUCUGCCAUGUCCAAGAUUAGAAGAUCCUCUGCAACAAUCCCAACCCCCAAGCAGUUUGUUAAGUCUGUUUUGGGUUCCGUUGGUCGUCGCGGUGGUGCGCAAGAAAGAUUUGCAACCUCGACUCCAUUCUGGGCUCAUGCAUUGAUGCACUUCGCAAUUGAAAAUUCGGUGGGUACAUUUUCUUCAAUUGCCAAUAAGUUGAAUUUCAGCAUGCACAAAAGCAUCAGAAUUAGAGCAUUGAAGAAGAUUGAAAAGAAUAAGAAGCAACUCUAG